AGACAGUGAAGCAGGUAGCUGAUUAAAGGACUUAAAAACACAAACUGAAAUGCAAAAAGGAACGUUCUUUAAAAGAAUCCGAUUAUACCCGUCCGUAUAAUAUGGAAUAUAUUUUCUGCUAAAACGUCUUAAUUUCUUUUUAGAUAACUAAUUCGUUUCUCGAAUAAAUAUUCUCAAGAUAAGUAGGCUACCAAAGUAUCUUGCAAAGUCAAGAGGAAAACCUUUGAUACUGACAAUUUAACAUCAUGACAAGGUAUAACUUUUUGUUGUGCUUAACGGUUCUAAUUUCUUUGGGACUGUCCGGGAGCGAUGAGCCGGACCUCUUUCAGGCUCCACUGAGUGAGAUGUCCUCGGAUGCUGGAGUCUCUCUCUUUGAUUUGGAGGAUGUGGACUCUCUAGAGUGUUCAGCGUGCGUUUGGAGAGAACAGAGUAAAGUCUUAAGGCUGGAAACAAUCAAAUCACAAAUCCUUAGCAAACUGCGCUUAAAACAAGCGCCCAACAUCAGCAGAGAGGUGGUUAAUCAGCUUCUUCCAAAAGCACCUCCACUGCAGCAGCUUCUGGACCAUCACGACUUCCAGGGGGACGCAUCCUCCCUAGAGGAUUUCAUGAACGCCGAUGAGUAUCACGCCACUACCGAGUCCGUCAUCACCAUGGCCUCAGAGCCUGAACCUCUGGUGCAGGUGGAUGGGAAACCCAGCUGUUGUUUCUUCAAGUUCAGUCCAAAACUGAUGUUUACCAAGGUCCUGAAAGCCCAGCUGUGGGUUUAUCUGCGUCCACUACAGAAAACUUCCACUGUUUACCUGCAGAUCCUUCGCCUUAAACCUAUCACUGAGCAGGGAAGCCGACACAUCCGCAUCCGGUCGCUCAAAAUCGAACUCAGUUCUCAAGCUGGUCAUUGGCAGAGCAUUGAUUUCAAACAUGUGUUGCAGAACUGGUUCAAGCAACCACACACAAAUUGGGGCAUUGAUAUAAAUGCCUAUGACGAGAGUGGCAAUGACCUGGCUGUGACGUCUCUGCGGCCUGGAGAGGAAGGACUGCAGCCAUUCCUGGAGGUCAGGGUUCUUGAAACAACCAAGCGAUCACGGAGAAAUCUGGGUCUUGACUGUGAUGAGCACUCGAUGGAAUCCCGCUGUUGUCGCUACCCGCUCACAGUGGACUUUGAAGCUUUUGGCUGGGAUUGGAUCAUUGCACCCAAACGUUACAAGGCAAACUACUGUUCAGGCCAGUGUGAGUACAUGUUCAUGCAGAAGUACCCACAUACUCAUCUGGUUCAGCAUGCCAAUCCUAGAGGCUCGGCAGGGCCAUGCUGCACGCCGACGAAGAUGUCACCGAUAAAUAUGCUGUACUUCAAUGAUAAACAGCAGAUAAUCCAUGGCAAAAUCCCAGGAAUGGUGGUGGACCGUUGUGGCUGUUCAUAGAAUAAUAUGUUUUGGUUGAGCUAAGGGAAAUUGAUGGGGGGAGGAUGUUAGGGAUGAAUCUAGCACCUACAAGUCUCUGCAAUUUCCUUUUAUUGUCCUCACACUCCUUGGAAAUAGUAUUUCAUAAUGUACAGAGAACAAAAAGACAUUUGUAUCUUUCUUAACUCUAGUACAGCACUCCUAGAUCCAGGAUCCUAAUUUCUCACUUUAUUAUUUGAAUCUGAAUUUUAGUUCUACCAUAAUUGUGUGUGUGUGUGUGUGUGUGUGUGUGUGUGUGUGUGUGUGUGUGUGUGUGUGUGUGUGUGUGUGUGUGUGUGUGUGUUUCUGAGUAUAUAUAUAUACACAGCAGGCAAAAUAAUUAUUAAACACAAACAUUCUCAGUAAAUAUAUUUCUAAAGGUGCUGUUGACAUGAAAUUUUCACCAGCUGUCAUUUACUAUCCAAGUAAUCCAUACAUACAAAGAAAGCAAAACAAAUAAGUUCAGAAAUUAAAUUAUGUGUUAUAAAAUGGAAUGACUCAGGGAAAAAGUACUGAACAGAUGAAGAAAGGGAGGUGCAAAAAAGCAUGGAAAGCCAAGACACCACCUGAAAUCUAUCAGUAAUUAGAAAGCAAUCCUGCCCCUUGUCUGACCAACGUGUCACACAAAAAACAUUUCAUGAUGGGUGAAAGCAAAGAGCUUUCUCAUGACCUUUGCAACCUUAUUGUUGCAAAACAUGCUGAUGGCAUUGGUUACAGAAGGAUUUCUAUACUUCUGAAUGUUCUAGUGAGCACUGUUAGCACAUAAUCUGAAAGUGGAAAGGACAAAAUUUCACCAUAAACCGGCCACCGCCAGGUGCUCCUCACAAGAUUUCUGAUAGAGGAGUGAAAUUAA